AUGAGCAGCAUGCAGCAGCUCAUGGAACACUUACGCAAAAUCGAGUCGGGGAAACCAACCAACACAAGGGUCCUUCGGACGUUCCAGGAACGGCAUUGUGCAGACAUGACGGGUGAGGUCACUUGCACCGACGGCAACAUCGAAGCCACUAUCAACCCACACGACAUAUAUUCCCUUCUGUCACAAGGAAAAGUGCCGCGCAAGUCGAAGCAAGCCGUACCAAAUAAGAAAACAUCUUCAAAGACAACGCAACGACGGUCUGUUGCACCUCCAGCCAUCGUCGUACCACUGGACGUACGCCGCGACACCUUGCACUCACAGAUGGCGCACCUUCUCCUUCCACAGCCGCAGCUAACCACCGCUUCCAUCGUUCCUCAGCCCGUGACACCGCCCAAGCUAACUGCGGCACCCAUCAACAGCGCUAUUCAAAUGCAGCUCAGUCGAGAGCAGGCAGUUGAAGUGAAAGCACUUCGUCAAGCGUCCGACAAAGUUGCCGCAACUUUAUCCACCGCUCAAGCUAUUAUUCCACUGUCGUUUUUGCUUGAACGCAAUCUGAAGACCCUUUGUCAAUCGAAAGCGGGGGCGAUCAUCCAAGCUGCGUUCCAUACGUUCAUGCUGCACUUCUACGUUGACGCAUGGCAGCACUGGAAGGCAUUUGUUGGGGCGUCGCGCGAAGCAGAACGAGUGGCGGCAGCGUCCCUUCUCGCCCGCGUAUACCGCGGCCAUCGCACUCGCAAGGCAUGCAUCUUUUUGAGAACUGAACUUGCCGGCCUUGACAGCAUGAGAACAACCGCCAUCGCUCAGAUUGUUUCGCGGCGAUUCAAAGCAGCCUUAAUCAUUCAAAUGUGCUUUCGACGGCAUCGAUUGCAUCUUCGCAAAAAGGAGGUUGCUGCCCGGCAUGCCGCAGCCACGCGAAUACAACGACUGGCAGUGUACAAUAAGCAGCGAGCGAUGGCGUUGGCGAGAAUGCUCCUGGACGUGAGAAAGAUCCAUGGUGCGCUCAUGCUUCAGAAGCUGUGGCGCGGGCACUGUGGACGCCGACUAUCCGCUCGUCGAAGGGUACAAGUGCGUCUGGCCAAGCGACUCGAGAAACUUAGCCAGCCCGAGCAUGCCAUAGCCCAUCGCUUUGAAGCCCAAGGUGCGGCAUUUCGCAUUCAAGGCCAAGCCCGGCGGUGGCUGCAGCGCCGACGGGGUCGAGCAGCCCGCGAAGCAAUUCGUGAGGCCCGCGCCAAAGAAAAGAUGCGCAUGUUGCUCAUACGAUAUAUCUUGCGCUUCAAACGGCGUCAGCGACGUCGCCAGAUUGCUGCAGACCACGCAAUCCGAACCAAAGCUGCACGACUCAUCCAGCGGUGCAUUUUGCAGUGGAUCCAGCGCCGCAAGUGGAAGCUGCUUCGAAUGGCUCGGCGCAAGCGAGAGCGGCAAGCGCGCAUGGCGCUCAAGGCCAAGCAGAUGAACAGAACGCACCGCGACAAUGUAAAAGUUCCGUUUCGCGCGGCUGCAACCGCGUGGAAGACGCUCACCCGCACACUUGGUGGUACCAAGACGAAUACGAAGGACGUCGCGGCGAUUUGCAUUCAGCGGGCGUGGCGCUGUGCCAAGAAACGCCACCUAGCGUACCUCAAGACGCUGUACACCAAGCUCGACAAAGCUGCUGAGAAGCGCCAGCAAUUGCACCGCCACGUGACACGAAUUCAAAAGCUGUGGCGGGGACGGCGAGAUCGGAAGAAAUGCCGCUUUUUGUGGCUCGACAAGGUAACUCGUCAUGCCUUGGCUAAGUGGAAGCGGCGGCGAGCCAUCCGUCGCGACGCUGCAGCCACAAUAAUCCAAACCAAGUUUCGCGUCAUGCGGGCGAAGAUCGUUUCCGAAGCCGUGGCGCAUAUGCUGCGACGUCAAAAUGCGGCUGCAACAAGCAUUCAACGGUUGGUCCGAGGUCGCCAAGCUGUUCACACGGUGCAGCGGCAGCGCGAGUACUGUCGCCGCCGCGAUGAAACGAUGCGGUUUUGCCAUAUGUGCCUUGAGCGAUGCGUGAAGUUUCGCCUCGAUUUCUUGGUCAUUCAGUCGCUCGAAGGCAACAUGGGCGACCUCGUGAAAUACCCGCUGUGGCUGAAGGACCCAGGGCUGAUCCACCGAGACGACAUCUCGUUUCCCAUCUUCCAGAUUAUGUUUGCCGAUUACAGCGGAAUGAAGCGAGACUUAUGGGCCACUCAAACCGCCAAGUCGUUUGCUGCGUUGAGAUUGGACCGGUCCAAGUUCGUCAAAGUGUUCCGCGAGGCGUUUGCAUCGUCCGACCGCCUGAUGGACAUCACAUCCGAGGCCGAUCGCGUCCUGGCGAAGUUGAAAGCGCAUCCGUCACAAUCUCGAUCGUCCCUUACGUUCCCCGAUUUUGUUUUUGGCAUGCAAGAAAUGGCCAAACUCCAGAUCAAGUCGAAGAAAGCUAUCGACGACGACGCCAAGGUGCUCCAUUUGUUCUGGAAGCACUUGGCUGUGUCCAAGUGGAGCAAGAAGUCUAAAGGGCCAGACGAAAUGCGAGCAUACGUGCUUGCGUGGCUGGACGAUCAAGCACGGUGCAUUCAGCACAUGGCGCGGCGGAAGCAGUACCAGGAGCGCGGGUACAUCCUCAUGGACUUGAAGCGGAAAGAAUGGCAGGAAAUGCGUGCGCAAGCUGCAGCUCGUACCAUCCAAUGCUUGUUCCGAACUCGAGCGUCUCGGGCGUACAUGCGCAAGCUGAUGCAAACGGUCUUUCGAAAGUAUAUCGAUGCGGCCAGCGGCUUGCCGUACUGGACAAACCCCAGGACGGGAUAUUCGACGUGGAAGAAGCCGUCCAUUCUGGGCAAAGGCGAUGUCGACAGCCCUGCGAUUCCGAUGGCGGAUGACGCAACGGAAUACGCGCUCCAGUGCGAGAACUGCAAUAUCCAUCCCGUGCAGGAAAUGUGCUUCCACUGCGACGAAAAGACCUGUCUCGACUGCUUUUCGAUGCUCCAUGCCAAGGGCAAAAUGGCGACGCAUCCCCACGCCCGCAUCCCCACGUGCGUGUCAUGUCUGUAUCAGGUCGCCACGCGAUACUGCGCUGCGUGCAAAGAAAACUAUUGCGACAACUGCAUGGCAUACCUUCAUACGAAAGGCACCAUGGUGGACCAUGUGUCGGGUCCAUUGAUGCUCUUGUGCGUCGAUUGUCGUGGCAAGCGAGCGGUCCGAGUACACUGCCACACGUGCAACAAGGACGUCUGCAAGUCGUGUGCGCAGUUUCAUCCGCCCGAGUAUUGCCACACUGAACCCCGACCAUUUGAAAGCUUUCCCGUGGAAAAUGAACGACAGCGGCUCGACAUGAUCAGAGCCAACGAGAUAUUCGCCGAGAACAAGCGCCUCCAAGAUGCCAACGAUCUCGAAGCGCUCCAAAUCAAGUGUGCCAUGCGCAUUCAACGUGGCUGGCGUCGCAAAGUCAACUGCACGAGUGGAAUGAUGCAAUUGAUAGAGCUGCACAAAGCACAGCAAACCAAUUGGGAAAAAGUCAAACGAGAUCGAAACCGGGAGCGGCAGGUCGUGUACCGCGUGAAAGGAUUGUUUGGGAAAGCCGAAGCCCUCGAAACAGACACCCCCACGCAAAAGAUUCUGCGGCGACUAAACAUCUUUACUCGCCAUCAGAUUGAAGCUCGAGCGCAUGCGCUAAACAUCGCCGUCGAUGAAUAUGUCCACUUGGGAGUUCUCUUACCGGGGGUUGCGUCGGUUGCCGAGGGGAGUGAUCAAAUCGAGACGAGCGAAGACUUGCGAGGGUGGCUUGUUCCGGCCCAAGCCCUUCGGAUUCAAGGGCAUGUUGUAUACGCACAAGUUGUGGAAUCGAUCGGGGAAACCUUCGUCCAACUCAGUGCGCCAUUCAACCAUCCGAGUGUCGUAAAGAGCCCGUUGUACUCGGUCGAGUUUUCGCUGGAUCACCCAACAAAGCUCAAACACGUCGCCGCGCAUGCCGUCAAAGUACGCAACUUCAAGGAAUGCAAAGCCGUGACGAACUCACUUCGUCACGUCGGGAAAGCAGCGCAGUCGCUGUCCCACCGCUUCGACGAAGACUCGUUCCUAGGCCGCGUGCUGACGGGGACAGCGCAGCGUAUCCAAAAGUCGCUUCAGCGCCAGAAAUUCAACCAGUCCAAGCGAGAGCGGGAGAUUUCAAUGCUGAGCAUGCAACGGUCGUCCCGUGACCGGCACGUGCAUUCCCUGCGACGAGAGCAAUCGCAACGGUGGGAGGAAGAGACGACGCAACGGCGGGCAUCCAUUCGACGCACCGAGUCCGCGGGAUGGACAGCACAACCUGUUUCGGCAUCGGGACCCUCCAUCGACACUGGAAUACGUGAUUCAAGCCCCCUACCGCCCCCCGCGACUGAUACACAUCCUGCCAGUCCCGUCUCGGCCGCAGAUGGUCCAGCAUUCGCAGCUUUGACGGAGUUCAUGCCUCCAAGCUCUUCUGUACAUCUCGACGAGGUGGCAUCCUAUCCCGCCAUGACGCCAUCCAUUCCGAUUGAAACCAACACGGAUGGAAGAUAUCCACUCAAAGAUGGCACACCCAUGGAUGCAACUAGCCAAACACCUCUAAAAGAUUCGCCACUCCAUGCGGAAUCAACCGCCGCACCAAGCAACCACGUCGACCUCGCCUCCACGUACCUAGAUGGCCCUUCGUCGUACAGUCCUUCCGCCGCCGCGAGCAAUGACGUGUCGGCACCGCCACAUGAACUCUCGACGGACACCAUGGCAAUGUAUGGCACCCAACAACCUGACUCGGGUACACUUGCUACCACAGAGUCUGUUUCGUACAGCUACCCACAGACAUACGACGACACAGCUUAUGCCUCGCAGAGCUAUGCCCACUACCAGCAGUCUUGGGACCCGUACGCUCCAGGAGCCGGCGACGACCUGUUAUGUGCAUCACCUAUUGACCCCCCUCAAGGCAACGAUGAAUUGGAUUACGCCCAAUACAGCUAUGAUCCUGGCCAAGGCUACACUAACGACGAGCACCAAGGCUAUGAGCUACAAGACGGCUACCAGGCGUACUAUGACAGCUACGACCAGGCGUACGAUCAGCAGAGCUAUUCCUAUCAGCCUGACAACAUGGAGCCGUACGACCGAACCGACGCAUACGCAGAGGACCCCGCAGCACCGGUCGACAGCGACUGGCAAGAAGCGCACGAUCCUGCGUCCGGACUGGUGUACUAUUAUAAUUCGCGCACGGGCGAGUCGGUGUGGCAGACAUGACUUUUCUCGGCAUGCCCACACGUUUAAAAUUAGAUGAUUUUACUUGCGCCCUCGCUUUUGAAUCGCUUUGCCUCGCGAGACUUUGCCAGGUCGCGACUUGGCGCCGGCGGGCUUCUUCCCGCCGCCUCGUUUGCCCACGCCUUCGUUGUUGCGGCUACGGCUGAACGACGAAAAGUCAUUCGUGCUCUUCUUGUCAUUCUUUUUAUGCGUAAACUUGGUCUUGCCACCCGACCCGUACUUCUUGUUGUGAGCUUCGCGCUUAAAGUUCUUCUUGCCACGACCGCCCUUGUCGGCGGCGUCGCGCGGACGCUUGUUGCUGCCCGCACCUUCCAGCAUCUUUUCAAAGCUCUCGUCAUCGUCAACACCGCCGACAGCCGACGCUGCGUUGGUAUUUUUCCGCUUCUUCCACUGCUUGACUGCUUCCAACGUGUCGUUCUUUUCCUUGAGACGCUUCUUGGCCUUUUGCGACUGCAGCUCCUUCGCCACCUUCUUGUGUGCCUGGGAUUUCUUGCGCUCCUCGACUGCAUUCAUCUUCUUUUGUUCGAAGAUCAACUUGUCCUUGACACGGGCCAUGUGUGCGUCGCUCUUGAGCAUUUCGGCAAAGUAAUCAUCCGGGCGCUUGUACGGAAUAUUCUCCUUGAGCAGGCGCUCCUUUGCAUCCUUCACGGACGCCAGCGUUUGGUUGUAGAAUGCGACUUCGCGUUUCAGGUCGUCGUGCGCAUUCUCGAGUUCGAGCACGUGCGACGAAGUGUCGAGGGUUUCGACCCACUUGAACUUUGAGCUCAAGUCAAGCUCUUUGGCAAGUUUCACCAUCGCGUCUUUGUUGUAGAUGGUCGUCGUGUUGGCUUUCUUCUUCUCCGCUUGCAUCUCCUCGACUAAGCGGCGUUCGAUCUCUGCUUCGUCAUCGUCUUCGUCCUCUUCCUCGUCGUCGUCGUCGCUGUGUUUGCCGUCCGGACGAGCCGACAUGACGGGGGUGUUGAGGAUUUCAACCUCUGUGGCAUCUUCUACAUUGACCAACGAGGACACGCUCCGUCCAACUACCGCGAGUUGGUCCUUCUUCUGGCCGCCGCGCUUGCUUCCUUUGCCCAUCGCCGUGUUGAAUCCAAUUUUGGUGAGUUCAACUCAAGCCGUCGCACCAACCAUUCGCCCGACCAAACGAUCUACGUUGUUGAAUGGUCACUUAAUGGCCAAUCAAAUCGUCGGUAUUCUUU